GCAACCUGCUGUGACAUCCUCCAACAAUACUGGCCGCUGGAUGCUUUAGUGAGCGCUGUGGUCGGCGAACAUGACCUUUCGCAGUCACGCGAGCCAAAUGUCGCCAUGUACUAUGUGGACCGAUUGGAACGAUUUCCUACGGGUGACUCAGACUUUCGACCGGACGAUUUCUGCCUUGUUAAAACUAAAUCGGUACCAGGUGCCACAGGUGAACGUUAUGAUUGUAUAUGGACGAAUUUCCGUUUGUGGAAAAGAUUUUUCAACGACCACGUGAUGCCAGUUUGUCUGCCUUCUGUAAUCGACCCACCGAUCAACACCACGUGCUAUCUUACUGGAUGGGGUUUAUCGGAACAACCACAAACGAAUAUAUAUGGAACGGCAUUACUAAAGCAAGCGGAUUUGAAGAUAGCCGCUCCCAACAAGUGUAUGGGCGUGGAUAACGUGGAAAUCCCUGGCAUGCGCCGCAGCGUAAUUUGUGCAGAAAACGGCCACAAAGAAAGUUGCUUCAUGGACGACGGAGCGCCGCUGGCCCAGCUCCUGCAGCAUCGCUGAUCCGUAUCCACAGCAGUUUGCUAAAGUUUCGUUUGCUCUUGAAUGGAUUGGUUCAAUAAUGUUCGGAUAGUUAACAUAGGGGGAAAACCAUUUUAGUCGAACCAAUUCACGGCACUGUUGCCGUCACCCGGCUGGAGUGUGACGUUACGGAAAUACAUAUGGUUAAAUCCGGCGCGGUAGAUACAGUAUAUAACGGGCAAAACUAAGCGUCUUCCACCG